AUGGUUCCCGAGGUAAGGGUCCUCUCCUCCUUGCUGGGACUCGCGCUGCUCUGGUUCCCCUUGGACUCCCACGCUCGAGCCCGUCCAGACCUGUUCUGCCUUUUCCAUGGGAAGAGAUAUGCCCCCGGUGAAAGCUGGCAUCCCUACCUGGAACCACAGGGCCUGAUGUACUGCCUGCGCUGUACCUGCUCGGAAAAUGCCCAUGUGAGCUGUUACCGCCUCCACUGCCCUCCCGUCCACUGUCCCCAGCCUGUGACAGAGCCACAACAGUGCUGUCCCCGGUGUGUGGAACCUCACACCCCCUCUGGGCUCCGGGCCCCCCCAAAGUACUGCCAGCACAAUGGGACCAUGUACCAACAUGGAGAGAUCUUCAGUGCCCACGAGCUGCUCCCGUCCCGCCUGCCUAACCAGUGUGUCCUCUGCAGCUGCACCGAAGGCCAGAUCUACUGUGGUCUCAUGACCUGCCCAGAACCAGGCUGCCCCGCACCUCUCCCGCUGCCUGCAUCCUGCUGCCAGGCCUGCAAAGAUGGGUCAAGUGAGAGAUCAGCUGAAGAGGACACCACGCAGUCACAGCCUGGGCUGAGACGUUCCCAGGAUCCGUGUUCAGGGGACAGUGGGAGAAAGAGAGGCCUGGGCACCCCAGCCCCCACUGGCCUCAGCUCUCCUCUGGGCUUCAUCCCUCGCCACUUCCGACCGAAGGGGGCAGGCAGCACGACAGUCAAGAUUGUCCUGAAGGAGAAACAUAAGAAAGCCUGCGUGCACAGUGGGAAGACAUACUCGCAUGGGGAGGUGUGGCACCCAGCUUUCCGCUCCUUUGGACCCCUGCCCUGCAUCUUGUGCACCUGUCAGGACGGCCGCCAGGACUGCCAGCGGGUGACCUGCCCCACUGAGUACCCGUGCCAUCGCCCUGAGAAAGUGGCCGGGAAGUGCUGCAAGAUUUGCCCAGAGGACAAGGCAGACCCUGGCCCCAGUGACAUCAGGGCCACCAGGUGUCCGAAGGUGCCAGGCCGGGUCCUCGUCCACACUUCAGUAGCUCCAAGCCCAGACAACCUACAUCGCUUUGCCCUGGAGCAUGAGGCCUCUGAGCAGGUGGAGAUCUACCUCUGGAAGCUGGUAAAAGAUGAGGAAACUGAGGCUCAGAGAGGUGAAGUACCUGGCCCAAGGCCACACAGCCAGAAUCUUCCACUUGAUUCAGAUCAAGAAAGUCAGGAAGCAAGACUUCCAGAAAGAGGCACAGAACUUCCGGCUCCUCACCGGCACCCAUGA